AUGAUGGAUGAUCAUAGUUCUGCCUCUACUUGCCACGACCACGCGUCGUUGGCUCUCUUCGAUGAUAGGGAGGGAGACGUGGAAAUGCAGGAAGCGGCCGUUGACGUAGUGAUGAACGAAACUCAGUCUCAGCUCAGACGGAUGAACAUGAACAUCUCCAGACCGAUGGGCACGGGCAUGGUAGCCAAGAUGGACAUGAGCAUGAUAGCCAAUCCAAUGGCCGUAGUCAAACCAAUGGCCGUGAGUCCGGUGAAGACCAUCUCAGUUACCUUCAAGAACCUUGGAGAUGAGCACAUCGCAUUUGCGAAGCUGUCGCCGAGAAGCACCGACAGUGGCAGUGCACCGACAGCGGUAAACUGCAACAAUACCAGCAUUAAGACUCUCGGACGAGCGCAGGAAGAAGGUAGUGCAGCAGGUGGACGCGCAUCAGAAGAUGACGUUCAAAUGACGAAUCAAGUACAAGACUUGUCCUCGUGUUACAACGAACAAGGGAUGGACGCUGAUCUUCGGGACGACGUCGAAGAAGAGAUCUGGUUGACGAUUGAAGAAGACCCGCCAGUGUUGCAAGUGCCUAAGAUGUCAACAUCGAAAGGAGCUUAUGCAGAGUAUACGAGUGCUGCUCAAAAAGAAAGGGUGUUGCGGCAACAACAGCGCGACCAAGGGGACACUCAAAAUUUAUCGAAUAAGCGUCCAAGAAGAGGUCCUUUCUAUGCUGGGGAGGAAGGAGAAGCUACAGCCGAUGUUUCGUUUAUUCGUGGACUCGAAGUCGAAUCUGGUGGGCAUCGUGGAGUAAAUAGCCUUGGGACUGGCCAUCAUGGAGUAAAUAAUAACAUCUCCAAAAAUAAUAUUAACUCCGGCAGCAGUUCACCACGACCAGUAAUUGGUACAACACCACCAGCUGCACAGGCGUCGCCAUCUCCACGGUCAUCCCCACGUCUAUCUGGUAAAAGUAGCAGUAGUACAUCAAAUACCAAAUCCUCGAAGGUAGACGUUGUUGUCUCUCCUCCAAUAGCCACCUUUGCUACCGUUGGCGACGUUCGAAAGAUUCUAGAGGAGCAAUUACGAAGCCCAAAUGGCCUUUGCUCUCCACACGAGACCGUUGUUCAGGAACUGAUCAACGGCGUUGCACGACCUCGACGCGAAGGUGAGCGCGUCCUCUUCGAAGGCCCAGUAUUGGUUUCACAAGUUGUACCAAGAGAAAUGGGUAACCCAGACGUAGACUUUCAGGAUCAACAAAAUCAUCCCAAUCCGAACAUGCAAAACAAUCGAAAUCCGAACUACGUGCAGAAUAGGCAAAAUAAUAUGCAAAAUAUGAACUACACGGUUGCGUUCUCGAAUAGUCUGUGGAAAGGACGUCCCCAAUUUGCGGAAAGUAGUAGUGCUUUUUUUGGCGACACUUGCGGAUAUGACCAUUUAUUAUGGCUUGUGACGUUAUAACGAAAGUACUUUUAUUUUCUUCGCCCUAAGAAGUACUUCUCAUCUUCAACGAGUCUUUCCUCUCCUAGUUACUCUCUCAUAAAAUACUAGCUUGUUCAAGUGAUCACUUACUGAGUGAGGGCUUGCUGUGGUCUCCUCUCUUCUAAUUUCAUGAACAGUCAAUCAAGCAUUCAAUCAAUCAAUACCCAAAAUAUUCGAGCACCUUCCUCUAAUGUAUGCCUUGGUCCUGCGUCAGAAUGCGAACAGUGGCCGGUUUGUCUUGAACGUCGAAGUAAACGGUGGCUGCAUCUUUGUGAGCAGCUAUGCAGAUCGGCCGGUGGAAGGGAUUGCCGUUUUAGCUGGCACCUUGGUACAUCCUAGUACUGACGAGGAGAAUGAAGAUAUGAAUGCACGAACUGGAGCUACGGGGGAGGAGGAAGGCAUGAAUGCAGGAGCUGGAGAUCAACAUGCUUACGAAGACCAUGUUGUUGGGCAGGACACAUCUAUUGGUAGGACAAGCACCAGCACCAAUAGAAGUAGCAAAGAUAUUCCUUGUUCUUCUUCUAGCUCAUCAACUUCCAUAGGUCGCGGUGGUGGAAGUUCUUGUGUUUCAACUACUAGUUACGUGUCAACUCCUGGUAUAGGCAAUACACCGAGAGGCGGCGCUAGGGAGUUAUGUUAAGGCCUCACGUAAUCCAUCUUUCAGUUUAUCUGUAAGCUCUUUUCAAAUAGGAAAAUGGCCUGAGAUGGGCGAAAAGAUGGAUUGUAGUGAGUUCUAAUUAUGGCUUCGUUUUGUGCCUCCAGCUCGCUUCCUGCACUUGGUUUUCCGGUCUGUGAGUGAGCGCGACCUUUUCAGGCACAUCUUGGACUGCAUGGAGGAAUUCCCGUUCCAUUUGCGCCAGCCGGUAGACGAGUUCCUAAGAUCCUGUUUUGCUGACGAAAUAGAACGCGACUUCUACCGACGGUCUUUGCAACAAGGAGACAUCAAAGCUCUUAGCAAUAAGAAGGAGGAACAAGGGGCUUCGAUUAAAAUUAUGACGGGAGAAGACAACGACGAGUCGAACUCGAAAUUAGAUGUAGUUGUAGGAGGCUUAUCGUUAUCUCCUGUGGAUUCAAAUAGCAGAACUACAUCCUCAACAACACAUCUUCAAGCUACAACGACGAUCAAAGCAACCCUAGUAGAAACGACGAGCAGCGAAAGAGUAGUAGAAAUAAGAGAAGAUCUUCAUGAAGAGGACAACCGAAACCAAGUGCAGCAAGAUCACGAAGUAGAUCAUCUCGAGUCUUUUGAGCGGUAUGAGCCUUUGCGAAGGAAUUGGCAUCGACUACGCUUUGCGACGGUUGCCGACUGUGGUUCUGUUGUGGACGAAAAUAUAUCCCUUUCGGCGGCUUACCAAGGCAUGCUGACCCCAUGUGAAAUUACACCUCGAUCGCCAGAUGAGUCCCUCGGUGAUGAACAAGAGAAGCAACUCAGCGUCUACGUGGUUAUCCCAGAAGAGCGGUCUUGUCGACUAUAGCGUCUAUUUCGUUAUCGCGGAAGAGCGGUCUUGUCGAGAUGUUGACAGUGGACCAAGGAUGUACAAGGCAGGGUGACGGUUGUUCCAUUCUUGUUGAGUGAAAAGCACGUGAUCUCCGUUGAACUACCUUCCUGCGGACGUGUUAUACGACAGGGGGUGCAGCAGCCGUAGAUGACAAGAUUAUGAUGCAUUCGUGUAGUAUUUUAGAAGAUCGCAGAGCUUACAAUUCACUGAUUACUUUCUACAUCUGUGUUGAUCUGCAGAGCUGCUUACACCGAUUUAAUUACACUAGAUCGCAGAGCUGCUUACAACAGUUGGCUGUAGUUCUUUCUAUAAUUGGAAUAGGAUCUAACAUGUUAGCAUUUCUGGUGAAUCAUCGUCGCAUGCCGUUUUGAAAUUUUGGCUGUAAAGAAUUGCAUGAUCAUUAACAUGGUUACUUCGAGAAGCAGAAGCUGAGCUUUUUUUUCCAAAAGUAAAAAAGUGUCUAUGUCUUCUUGCAAAACUAUGGAGAAGUGUUACAAGUACAGUAUUCCCCGUUCUAGUACUAUGUUCUUUUGGUGUAGUUUUACCAUAAGGUGCUAUACUAGGACCGAAGGCCUCUGAAAAAGCUAAACUUGUGAAUGUGUGAUGUAGAGAGGUGAAAAGACGAAGUAAGAUUGGCCAGAAGUAAGAAGUGUGAUAUUGUUAUCUGUGGGUAUGACAUUUCUUUACAGGUAUGACAUUGUCCAGCUCAGUGCGCGGAUCCACUUGAGAAAGACUGCGUACUCACACCUUAGUACUAAUGAGUCCUUCUCUUGAUUCCUGAACUCGACCCGCGACUCGGCGAAGUCUUGAAAUUAUCGAACAAGCUACAGUAAAAUCAGAUCGAUCUUUGCAAUUGAUUUUGAAUUGUACCAACUUGAAGUUGAACUUGGGGGGACUUUAUUGCCUAGUAGUUUCGGAUCAUCAUGGAACUGAUA